CCUUCUCGUCUGCUGACAGGCCCCAGGCUGAUAUGAAGACGCACUGGCGCGGGAUGGGGUUUUGUGGCAUUUAAAAGAUUUUAAACGUGUUUAUAAAUUGUCCAGCAUCCAACACAGACGAAUUGACGCAAAAUGGCAUCGUUCGACGAUUUACGUAGGCAAGCAGAACGCCUUGAGGAAGAUAUAUCAGCUAAGCUGAUAUUCUUCAGCAAUGCAUGCUCAGGGAAACAGCAAACUUUUUCAGGGAUCAAACAACCUUUGUUAAGUACUGAUAAUGUUAUAGAAUCGACAUCAGAAGAAUUGAAAGCUCUUCUGGAAAAGUUAAGUGAUAUUGUUGAAAUGUUGCCAUUAUCAGAAAUGUCACAAAAACAUCAAACAGUUGCAAUGUUCAGUAUCAACCAACACAGAGAAAUUCAUCGCGAUUAUUUCAACGAGUAUAGGAAGAAUUUAGAAAAUUACAGACUUCGAAAAGACCGAGAGCACCUUUUGGAAAGUGUUAAAAUGGAUAUAGACUUACAUAAAGGCGGCUCAAGCAAUUAUCACAGGAGAACUGACAUGUAUUUAAAGGAACACGAACACUUAAGGAGUUCGGAUAGAUUAAUCGACGAUCAGAUCAGUAUAGCAGUUGAAACGAGGGAAAAUUUACUAUCUCAAAGAAAUUCGAUGAAAAAAUUGCAAACAAGACUUCAUGAUAUCGGCCAAAGGUUUCCAAUUGUCAACAGCCUCGUACAGCGUAUAGUUAUACGCAAAAAGCGUGAUUCCAUUAUUAUUGGUUUUAUUGUGUUUUUUUGUGUUUUGAUUUUAUUGUUUUAUGCUUUCCAUUGAGUAAUUUGUAUUGUA